AUGGAAUAAUUGAUUAAAAGGAUUGCCAAUUUGGAAAUUUAGCAUAUCAUCAUUGAUUUGGUUCUUUAUGCAAAAUUGAGUAAAAAAAAAACUUCUCAAAUAAAGAACUCAAAUCUCAAUUAAACCAAAGGUUUACUUAUAAUCAUUACCUGA